AUGACCAGCGAAGAAAGUAGCCACUCUAAACCUACCCCCCGUGCUUUCGGUAUCACCAACAUCAAGUAUUACGUUCCACUGAUCUUAGACUUGUCAACCCGCAAUUAUGAAACCUGGAGCGACUUGUUUCAGACUCAUUGCAUCACCUAUGGCAUUGUUAACCACAUUGAUGACACAUUCGACCCAUCAAACAAACCUCCUACUGACCCGGAAUGGCAACAACUUAAUUUUUUGGUCAAACUAUGGAUCUUUGGAUCGAUUUCUCAAAAGCUUAUCUCAUCUGCAUACUCCAUUAACGCCUCUGCACGCAAGGUCUUGCAGAAUCUCCACUCCCUCUUUUAUGAAAAUGUUGAAUCAACUGCUAUACAACUUGAAGCUGAAUUAAGGAACAUAACCUUGGGAGAUCUAGCUAUCCAUGACUACUGUGAGAAUGUCAAGAGAAUUGCAGACCUCCUAGAGGGACUUGGUGAAAAGGUUAAAGAUAGAAAUGUGGUUCUUCAUGCUCUCAACGGGCUUCCAAGCAAAUAUGAUAAUGUCGUCGGUAUCAUACGGUUCACCAAGCCUUUUCCCACAUUCUCUGAAAUGCAGGCUAUGUUAGCUGUGGAGGAAACACGCCUCUCCAGCACUCGUGUGAUCAACCCUUCUCAUGAAAAUAAUGCUUCAGCUCCACCCUUGCUUCAUGUUGGGUCUUCAAGCUCGAACCAUGGGGGUGGCGGGGGAUCCACUCGUGGAAACUUCAACAAUCGACGGGAUGGUGGUGGCCACAACCAGCAGCGCCGCUGCCAGCAGUACCAUAACCUACGCCAACAACCUGUUGGGUGGGUCUUCUACCCUCCACCGAACUCCAUUCAGCAACAUUGGACACCUGCAUCAUCGACACGCCAGUAG